AUGUCGGGCGCAAACUCGUGGUUGACGAAGCAGCGCAAGAGCGACCUCAUCGAGCUCGCCGAGCUGACUGGACUUACCGGCUACGAGAACCAGAGGAAGUCCGACCUGGAAGUCACUCUCGAUGAGUACCUCGCCGAGAACGCGGCCCAGUUCUCCCACAACCCUAAGCUCGCGCCUUACUACAACACUCGCGCCAAGGCAGCCGGCUCGCCCGUCAAGAGGGAGGCGCCCCUGACCGAUCUCGUGAGGUCCUCAACGCGCCGUAGGGCGACGAGAAUCAUCGAGGAGAUCCGACCCGAGCCCGAGGCCGAAUCAUCAUCACCUAGUCCGGAGCCUGCUCUUUCCACCGCCCUGGCGACGCGCACUCCCGCGCGCAACCUGUCGCUCGCGAGCCGUAUCCCUCUGCCCGCGACGCCCGCCGAUGUCGCCGAUGCCGUUGACCGCCAUACCGUUGCGGUGCGCGAGCGCGUCACGGAACUCUACGACCAGUCGGGCAUUCAGGAGGGCACCCAAGUCGUGCGCUCUUCGCUAUCGACAGUCACUUCUGUGCUCUUCACCGUGGCCGCGUUCGAGGCAUGGAACCUGAGGGCUGAGGUCCUCCCUCUUCGCUACGCUUUCACCAUCCCCGCGAUCCCUGCCCUGGGUACAAACUUCUAUCCCGUCCAUGUGCCUGACGCGUUCUUGUUUGUCACCUCGUCCUUCUGGUCGCCAGUCAUCUUGUGGACUCUCACCUCGGUCCUUAUCCCCUCUUUGUUCGGCUACUUUUACAACCUGAGCGCCGCGAGCCAUCCCCAGCCUCGUGGCCGCAGGUCCUCAACGGUCGAGUACAAUGUCGACCCCCUGGUGUUCAGCAUAGUCAAGGCCCUCAUCUCCUUUGUCGUCUAUGGCCAGAAGGCCACUUUCGGCGGCUGGAUCAACGAGAACUCCAUUGACCGCAUCAACGGCGCUCUGUACGGCGAGUGGAAGGGCAUCCUGACGGGCGCCGCCAUCACCGGUCUGGUAAGCCUUUACGACGCUGUUCUGAAGAAAUAA